AAUCUUUCCCUUCAGUAUAAAUUGCACCGUCCCAUUCCAACCUACAUCCAUUUUUCCACCCUCGUGAUUCGGUUUCACACACAAGAAAGAAAGAGAGAGAAACUCAGAACACAAGACAAGCAUGGAGGUGGAAGUGAUGGUUCCACCGGUGGACUUCAACUUCGACAGCAACUGCUCCUCCCCCUUCAUCACCGCCCCUUCAAGCCCCCAAUUCUUUGCUGCCUCCAACAAACCAAACUUCUUCUUCUUCAGCGCCCCCACCAGCCCCACACGUGCCACCUCCUCCUCCUUCCAUGAAGAAGAACAAGAUUUCCAGUUCAAUUUCAGCGGCCACCUCGACCGCCCUUCUCUCUCCGCCGCUGAGCUCUUUGACGGCGGAAAAAUCCGUCCUUUGAAGCCGCCGCCGCUGCUUCAGUCUCCGGUAACAUCCCCAAGGUCGAAACUUUCUCCCCGCAACAAGAAGAAAGACUUGGACCCUUUUGCAUUGGCAAUGAAAGAAACUCUCAGAAGUGAAGAAAAAACACGAGGGAGGGAAAGGGUUUCGGUUUCGUUCUCUGGUCGUAAAGGAAGCAGGUCGUUGUCCCCUCUGAGAAUCUCCGUCGUGUGCGACUCCGAAGACAAAAACGUUUCUUCCUCGACAAGCAACAUCAACAACUCAAAAGCCUCGUUUUUGUCUUCGAUUCCCUUCACGAGAAAAUGGAGGUUCAAGGAUUUUCUCCUCUUCCGAAGCGCCUCUGAAGGAAGAGCAACCGACAAGGACCCUCUGAGGAGAAAAUACGCAGUUCUGUCGAAGAACAACGAGGAUGUUCGGGACUGCAGCUUCCGGUCCACCGAGAGUUCUUCCGGUUCGAUCUCGAAGCGGCGCGGGCCGGUCUCGGCCCACGAGCUGCAUUACACGCUGAACCGGGCCGCGUCGGAGGAAAUGAAGAAGAAGACUUUCUUGCCUUACAAGCAGGGCUUGUUGGGAUGCUUGGGCUUUAACCCUGGUAUGCAUCAUCAUUUUUCUAAGAGGGUUGGGUCUUUGACGCGUUCUUAAUCGAAUCCAAAUUUCUCUGGUUUGGAUCUUGCUUUAUUCUUCCUCUUUCCCCUUUUUUUCUUAGUUUGGUGUUCCUGGUUAAUUAGUUUUCAUACUGACACAUGUUCACCUCGUUUUAAUAUUGUUGUCUCGAUCUGUGUUCGCAAAAGAGACUCUAAUUUGUGUCUAAAUAUUUGUACCAUUCACACGAAACAUGUAUAAUACUUACUCACUCAUGUCUAUA